CCAACUAAAACUCUCCCACGAGUUAAAUAAUUAAAUAAAAAGCCCUUUUUUUUUUUAAGUUGAAAAAUUACUUGAAGAGCAGCAGAGGUCGGAUUUGUGAAAGAUUGGCAGCAAGUAACAAUGGCUAAACAAGACCAGAGUGGUGGAUAUAUACUCCAAUUCGCACCGUUUCAGAGCUUCGUUGAUGAGGGUUUCUGGCACAGGUUGUCUUCUUUGAAGCUCAACAAGUUGGGCAUUGAUGAUUCUCCUAUCCCAGUCACCGGUUUCUAUGCUCCUUGUUCGCAUUCACAGGUAUCGAACCACUUCACUCUUCUUUCGGAAUCCCUUCCUAGUAAUGAAAGUGAGCAAUGUUCAGUUCCAGCAAUCCCUCGAAGCAACAGGAACAGAUGCUCUGUUCCUGGAAUUCUUUACAACACUAAUACGUUGGAGGCCUACCAUGCUCUUGAUAAGAAAAGCUUGCUCAAGGAGGAAGCCAAGAAGAUUUGGGAAGACAUUCACACCGGAAAAGCUGUGGAGGACAGUGCAGUAUUGUCGAGGUUCCUUCUCAUUUCAUUUGCAGACCUGAAAAAAUGGAGCUUCCAAUACUGGUUUGCUUUCCCUGCCCUCGUAUUUGAUCCUCCUGCAACAGUUGUUGGGUUGAAGCCUGCUUCACAAUGGUUUACUUUAGAAGAGGCAGAUUCUGUGUCAGCAGCUUGUAAUGAUUGGCGUAACUCAAACUUAACUGCUGACAUUCCAUUCUUUCUGGUUUGUAUUGCUUCAAAUUCCCAUGCUACUAUUAGGCAUCUAAAGGACUGGGAAACUUGCCAGGGUUAUGGGCAAAAGGUGUUGUUUGGUUUUUAUGACCCAUGUCAUUUUCCAAAUAAUCCUGGUUGGCCUCUACGCAACUUCCUGGCGUUGAUUUGUUCAAGAUGGAAUCUCAAAACUGUCCACUUUUUAUGUUACAGAGAGAAUCGUGGUUUUGCUGACCUGGGGUUGUCCCUUGUUGGUGAAGCCGUAAUCACAGUUCCACAAGGUAGAGUGACAGAGGGAUGGAGAGAUCUGCUGCGUGUGCCAAACGCAGUAGGAUGGGAACUUAACAAAGGCAGACACAUAUCCAGGGUUAUUAACCUUGCUAAAUCUAUGGAUCCAACAAUGUUGGCCAUAUCUGCAGCAGAUUUGAAUUUAAAACUAAUGAGAUGGCGUGCUUUGCCUUCACUUAAAUUGGAUAAGGUGUCUUCUACAAAGUGUCUUCUCUUAGGAGCAGGUACACUUGGAUGCCAGGUUGCCCGCAUGCUUAUGGCUUGGGGCGUACGGAAAAUUACGCUACUUGAUCAUGGCAGGGUGGCAAUGUCUAACCCAGUAAGGCAGUCUCUGUAUACAUUGGACAACUGUCUCAAUGGAGGCGAUUUUAAAGCCAUGGCAGCAGUUAAAAGCCUCAAGGAAAUAUUUCCUGCCAUGGAAGCAGAAGGUGUUGUAAUGGCUAUACCAAUGCCUGGUCAUCCAGUGAGCAGCCAGGAAGAGGAGAGCAUGCUUGAAGAUUGUAGACGUCUGCAUGAGUUGGUUGAUUCCCAUGAUGCAGUUUUCAUCUUGACUGAUACAAAAGAAAGCAGAUGGCUUCCUGCCCUCCUUUGUGCCAAUGCUAACAAGAUUACUAUAACUGCAGCUCUAGGGUUUGAUAGUUUCCUGGUUAUGCGGCAUGGCCCACGUCCUCUUAACUCAACCCAUGACUUAAAAGCUGAACCUGAAAAUGCUUUAUCUGCUGAUAUGGACAGCCUUGCAAUGGCUGAUAGUGGGGCAGAGAGAUUGGGUUGUUACUUCUGCAGUGAUGUGGUUGCACCAACCGAUUUCAUUUACUCUGUGCAGUCGACUGCCGAUCGUACUUUGGACCAGCAAUGCACUGUUACACGUCCAGGGCUUGCUCCUAUUGCCUCGUCUCUUGCAGUUGAACUUUUUGUUGACAUCUUGCAUCAUCCUAAUGGGAUAUUUGCAGAUUGUGAGAUUGCUGACUCCAGUAACAGUGGAAGCAGUGAACAACCUCUGGGUAUUCUACCCCAUCAGAUUCGAGGUUCUCUCCAUGAAUUUUCCCAAACGACACUUGUAGGCCAUGCUAGUAAUUGCACAGCCUGUUGCAGCACUGUGGUGACCGAGUAUCGGAAAAGAGGAAAAGAGUUCCUGCUCCAAGCAAUUAAUCAUCCUUCCUAUCUGGAGGAUCUCACUGGACUCACAGAGUUCAUUUAUAAUGAGACAGAUGAUAACGAUGAUGACGAUGAUUUUGUUAAAUUAUAAAAUGCCUUCUUAUUUCUCCUAAUUGCUUAUAGUAGUGCAUUGUUCUAACAUUAGACGUCAUCAUACAUAUUUUUAUAAUGAUUUAUGCAUUCAUUAUAUACUCUCUGUAUAUACAAAUUUAUUUUUAUAUGAAGUAAAUUAAUUUUAUAUGCUCCAAA